AUGCUGGCGAAAUUCUUCGGCAUGCGAAUGGACCGGCACUGCAUCCACGGAAAGCACAAUGAACCCGGCCUACAGAAACAGCUGGAGAAGUUGGAGGCCUUCAAAAGAGAUCAUAUGGGGGGCCUCGGGGAAGCCAUGAAGGAGACUUUUGCAGAAAGCACGGUGAAAGAGCGCCGGCAGCAAGAGCUGCUGAACCUCGAUAUCCGCCGAACCCUGUGGACUGAGAAGGAAAUGGACAAGGCCAUCCAGAGCAUCAAAGACGGCAUGGAAAAAUGGGAGCAAGACAAGGAGAAAGAGGCGAAGACACAGGCGUGCCCCAGCUACCAUGUCGGGGACAGAUACAGAGGCUUAACAAAAGUGACGGACGAGGCCGCCGACUUUGAUGGGAAGCUGAUCACCAAACUGCAGAAGUUCAAGCAGGAUCAAGCCCGGGCCUCGAAGUCGAUCUUGCACUACGUGAUCGUGGCCGACCAUCUGAAGCCGAACAAAGUCUGGCGACCGGAUGCAAUCUCACCUCACGUCUGCGGAAUUGUCGUGGCUUCUUCGCCGAAUGUGGACGAGAUUACGGUCACACUGAAGAACGGUGCUCAAGCAGCUUUCCUCCGCGAGAAUUCCAAAGAGACUGGCCUGCCCAUCCUCGUCAAUGCGCGCUUGGCAUUCCAGGCAAAGGGGCCGGAUGCCAAGAAGUACUACGAGGCCAUGGAAGGAACGCAAGACGAACAGAUUCUCCGCAAGUGGAAGGAUCUGAAGCAUCACAAGAAGAAGAAGCAUAAGAAGCCCGAGGGAGAGGAGCAAGAGAUACCUUUCAUGCCGGUCCACCUCUACUGGGAUGGCUUUGCGCGAUGGGUCAUCUCUCCAUACCGUGGCGAUCCUGUUCCGUAUGGUCUUGCAAGCGAGAAGACGGAUGACAAGAUGCACGUCUUUUGCUACGCCAAGGACAAUGCGAUUUCUCCCGACCGACUCAACACGCACUUCAUGGUUUGGGACACGACGGAUGGAGAGUGGGUCGAGGACGACAAGAUCAAAUGUCUCAGCAAGUACACGGCCAAAGAGAAGGAACAGGUUGUGACGCGGGCACAGCAGCUUGCGGCCAACGCAAGGUCAGGGAGCUCGGAAUCGUCCGGGUCGGGCAUCUUCGGUGAGAUGGCAAAGGCCUUCUCAUACAUCUUCUCCGGGACGACCAGCUCGAAGAUGUCGCCAGAGAUCAAGGAGUGCCUGCUCGGUCUGGAGGGAGCAAACAUCACCGUCGCCUGGAAAGAUCUUCACCAGGACGAGCUCGCACCCUUCCGAAAGUUUCUCGUCGACAGUUUCGGAACCUACUAUGCCGCCUGGGUGCACAUGUGCCGAAACACGCAGAUUCCGAGGCAGACCUGCAUCCGCAACCUCGCGAGAAUGCUCCGGCGGUGCCGUGAGGAGUUGGAUGCCGCCAAAGCCAUUCGCGAGAAAGAGCAGAAGGAGGCGAAGAACGCAAAGUUUGGAGCGCAGAAGGGUUUCGCCCAGACGAAAGCGAUGUCAAAGCAGAUGACCAGGGGAAUGUCAAGAGCCAUGUCGAAGAAACUGGAAGAGAUGACCCCCGAGCAGCUCGACAAGCAAAAGAAAGACCAGGAGAAGAAGGAAGCGAAAGCGUGGAGCAUGUUCGGCUGGGGCAAGAAGACGGCGGCAAAACCCGGAGAAUCGAAAGCGGUGCCGAAGAUUCCGCACGAUACCUCCUUAGCCACGCUUGACAUUGAAGCUGACAAAGAGAAGAUCAUGCUCGACUACCUGAAGGAUCGCGUCAAGGAGGACAAAACUGAGCUCGUUGCUGCGGAAGUCAUGGAGUUCCUUGACAAAGAGAAGGACGGCGAGAUCGCAGUGCAGGAGAUCCUCGUCGUGGCCGAGCUAGUUCAGAAGCGGGAUGACCAGCUGCCUAAAGACAUGCCGGAGGAGGUCAAGGAGUUCGUGAAGUUCGUGAGGGCUCAUCCGAAAUACAGGGACGAAGAACAGCUGUGGGCCGAUUUGAGCGAAGGCUUCGAAAUCAAGAAAGAGGAGUUUGUUGAGGCUGCGAAGGUUCUGCUUCUCAAGUUCAAUGCCAUGCAGAGUCUGGCUGGGGGAGAAACCCUGGACACCGCCGCGAAAGGGGAGCUGCUCUUCUCCAAGUUGGAUGCACAGAUGAGUGGCGGCAUCGGCUUGCAUGAGCUCAUACCCAUGGCCGGUGACAAGCCUGAGGACGCGGAGUCGAACCUGGCGAAGUUCAAGCUGCCCUUGAAGUUCAUCAAGGAGAUUCGGAUCGAUGCCGCCAAAGCCGGUGCUGGAGGCGGCGAAGACAGGUUGACAGUCCGCUUCCAGGUGCUACCUGAAUUCGAGAUGUCGCCGGAGUGGAGGGUUCUGAAGAAGGCGCUGCAGCCAGACUGGGAGCCCAUCCACGGAUUCGAGUACAUUCAGGUGGCAAUGCUUCCGGAGUUCUUGGAGAUGUGGAAGCAGGUGAUCAAAGACUGUGGCAUGGACACGGCGCAAGAGUGGGUCCGCUUCUACCAGGGCAGAAUCAUGGAUCAUCCACAGCUGGAUGGCGUGUACAUGCGCCAGGGCACCGGCCUCCAGCGAUGGACGGAUGGCAAGACCUAUGUGGGCGAGUGGGAGAACCAUGUCUACCACGGACCUGGAGCCCUGUACAACAGUUUCGAGGAGUCGCAGUUGGACCAGGAAACUCGAGAGGCCAAAGCGAUUUACACUGGCAACUGGCAAGAUGGCAAGCGUCAUGGGCACGGCACUCUCCGCUGGGAGCAGGACAACUCAGACCGUCAACGUCGUGGCUUCGGCGAUCGUCAGUUCUCCGGCGUCACGAAGGUCUACGAAGGUAACUUCCGCUAUGACCUCUUCGAUGGCUACGGGGUGAUGCGCCUGGAGAAGGCCGUGGCCCAGUCCCUGAGGACCCUGGAGAGAACCAACUUGAGCCCAGGGAAGGUUCCCUUCCCGAACUUCGAUCCGCUCUACAUCACCAGCUUCGAGGGUGAAUGGGAUUCCGACUGGCUCACGACAGACACGGAAGCUCGAAAGUUCAGCCCCCUGUACGAGAACUUGCACCCUCUGCGAGACGGAAGGGCUCAGCGUGACCUGAAACUUCACGAGGUGAACAAUGCACACAUGAAGAAGAAAGACCAGAAGUUCACGAGGUACUUCGGACCUGAUCCGCUUGGAGUACAAGCCGCGGGGGAUCCCCUCCCAGAUCUGGCUCUGGCCUUCUACCAGACCAAAGCCGGUGACGCAAAGCACAUGAGCAACGGCACGGCCACGUAUGCCGAUUUCACGGUGUAUGAAGGCGAGAUGAAAAACGGCUUCCCGGACGGCUUCGGCAAGAUGACGCAAUUUGACCACGAAGGCGGCAACAAAGGCAAGCAAGUUGCGUACUAUGAGGGCCAUUGGCAGAGUGGCAAGUUCCACGGGAAGGGCAAGUACAAAACUGCAGACGGCCUCGUCUACACCGGCGAAUGGGACGGCGACAGCUCAAGCAUCGAGGUUUCGGUGGCCCACCAAGAAAAAGAGCUGCAAGACUUGCUGGCACCGAUCAUUCGACAGCAGCUGGACCUAUGGUUCGACCGGAGCCACCAGCAAUUCCAGCAGACGGUGACGCAGAUGCUUGAGGAGUUGUCUUCUCGCAUAUCUGACGCUCCAGAUGUGUCUGAUAUGGAUGUGACGUCUACUUACCUUACCGACUCCUCCUCGCCUCCACCGCCCUCGCGAUCGGCCCCGAUGCUUCCGCAGCUGCAGGAAGAUGAGGAAGUGGUGCCAAGAAAGUCUGUGUCGCUGCAACCUCGGAGAAAGCAGCCAGAAGAAGGUUGGCACCUGUCCGUCGUUCCUGCACCGCAAUCGCCACGGGAAGAGACAAAGGGACGGACCAAGUCGACGACUCAGUCGGGAUCACCUUCGCUGCUUCCCCACAUGACGGACGCUUUCGAUGAGGACCUCGACGAAGUGACCCCGAGGCAGACCCGGCGCAGCAAAACGCGCGCGGCCACUUCGGCAUCGAGCAUGCGAGUCAUCGACAGGGUGUCGCAUGUCUCUAUUCUGGCGUCUCCAAGCUUGACGCACCUCUCUGUGCAGGAAGGCGCUCUGGAGAAGGAUGUAGGCUGCCGGAUUCUGAUUGGGAUGCCGUGUCUGGCCUAUGUGCUGACUGCCUUCUUCACCCUCCUCGGCAUUCUCCCGCUGAUAGGUAUACAUGUGCGGGGGGACGUUUUCAGCGCGAGCUACGGAUUCCUGGUAGCCUCGAACGCCAUCUACUGCCUCGUCGCGAUCUGCUGCGGCAGACUCCUGAGGAGUGCCAUCCUAUCCGAAGAUCUCGAACUGGCCUUCUCAAAGCUGACUCGGUUUGUGGAUCAGCACGAGAUUGGCUCAGAGUGGCAUCGAUGGUCCCGCCAGGAGCGGUGGAAGUAUGCAAUCUCCUGGUUGGUCUUGAACUUUUGUUUUCUGGCAGUCUGGUCGGUGGAUGUGUGGAUCUGUUUCACAACGUGCAUGGAUCCCACUCCGGGUGCGGGACUGGAGGAGGAUGACAUGCAACGUUGGGUGAUCUUCGUGUCAGCAGCGGCAGUCUCAUUCCUGAGUUUUGCCACGGCGAGCGGGAUGGUACUUGUUUUGGCGUACAUCCACUCGCACUUGCUUUUGGGCUUGGAUCGAAUCCUGGACUGCUGGGUCGCCGACAUCGUCGAGACGUCAGAUUUUAUCAAAGGCGUCAGCAGCUGGAACUCGAUUCAGGCGCUGCUGAAAAGUGCCAGCAGGGAGCUGGCGAGCAGCUUCUUGAUGCUCCAGGCCUUCGGCUCCCUUGGGCUUAUGGUCUUCCUGACUGGAUCCUUGACCUUCAUCUGGCGGACCGACGUGCGGCCGGUGCUUCUGGCGAUCGAGGGCGCUUCCGCGUUACCCCUCAUUUGUCUGUUCCUCAUCGCAACGCGACUAUGCUUCCAUGGUGCCGCGUUGACGGAGAAGUGCCGAAACAUUCCGGCACUGGUGAAUCAGAUCCCAGGGGAGCCGGUCGACUCGAGCCGACAGUACUUGGUCAGGUUCAUUUCUGACAGCGCGGCGGGGUUCAUCCUCAAAGGUGUCACCCUAACGCAAGCCACCUUCCAGCGCCAGGUCUAUGUGAUUGGGACGCUCUUCUCAGGCUCACUGGGAGUCCUCCUCCGGAUCUACAUUUGA